AUGGGAGCAAAUAAGACCAAGAAAAAGUACAAUGGAGCAGAGUGGUCUGGUUCGCACAAGGUGUACCGAGGAGAUAGGAUGAGAAGUUGGGGGGUAACUCAAGGGUGUGUGCUCUGUGGAGAGAGGGAUGAGACAAGAGAUCACAUAUUUUUUGCUUGCCCUUACUCUUUCACGGUUUGGGAGAGCUUGGUGCGUGGAUUCUUUGGUAGAAGGACAGACCCAGACUGGACCGGAACGAUGAAGAUGGUUGCUGAUCAAAGGCACAAUAUACUUGAUUCUAUUUUGCUUAAGAUGGUGUUUCAGAUGACUAUUUAUCAUGUAUGGCGGGAGAGGAACGGGAGACGACAUCAGAUGCCAUGGAAAACUGCUGACCAGCUCCAAAGGAUCAUUGAUAAAAUGAUGAGAAACGGAAUAAGCUCCUUGAAGUACACCGGCCAGCAUCGCAAUGUGGGACUUAUGCAAAGAUGGUUUGAGAUUUCGGUUUGA